AUGGAGACGCUGCAUGUGGUCAUGCGCGACUUGAUAAAGUUGGAAACUCAAGUGUCUCGAGAAUUGGUUAGUAUAGCCAAUAAGAUUGUGAUUCCCAAGACUGAGAGGAAUACCUCUAUUGAAGCCAUUUUUGAGCAGCUAAAAUAUGACUUGUUGAAUCGGAGUGAGCAUGGACGGUUGUUUGUUGAAUCGCUGCAGAUGGACAUGGAGGAGAAGAGCUUGUUAAAGCUGCAUGCAAACCAUACCGAUAUAUUUGGUAAGGUAAAACGUGACCUGACCAUGCAACAGGAAACUCUGCGAAAACUCAUGGCUAACUACAAGGAAGCAUUGGUGGACACUGUCCGGUUCAACAAGGCGUGCUUGCUCUGCACAUUCAAGACACAACUGAGCCCAUCAGGCGGCCCACUCUCCGCUGCGGGAAGUACUUCAGGAGGAGGCAUACCCGGAGGAUUUGCUGGGCUACCCAACGUGCUAAACGGUGGUGGUCUUCUGAGCGGAUUCAUGCCUGGAUCCAACCUAGGGAACCAUGCAGAUUCCCUACACCGCACAGAUUCCCACAACCUCCACCGUGCAGAUUCCCACAACCCUGCGGAUUCACACAACCGUGCGGAUGCCGUGGACCACGCUGCAGUCGACAAGGCCCUAGAUGGAAGUCGUAGUGGUGGUCUGAAGUCUCACACUGUCAGAUUACGCGAGAAGAACAUCCGGUUGUAUGACCAGACCUUGCAGGCCAUUGGGGACAUGUUGCACGCGGAAAAGAGGUUUAAGGACGCUGGGAAACGCUACAAUGAGUUCUUGAUAACCUACAAGCAAAACAAGACUAGGAUGGCCCAGGUGCUAACGGACCUCGAUUUUAAACGGAUGUCCUGUAUUAAAGACUCCGCGACCAAGCUGCUCGUCCACCGUAUGGCCCAGAUCAAAAACCAGGAGUACGACUGCCAACUGUGCAUCAAGGCCAUCGACGUUGCAGACGUAGAACGGGACCUGCACAACGUGCUCAAGUCUUACCUCAUUCGGGGCAGGGCCGACUCUGCCGUCACAGGCAGCACGGUCACCGGGACCGUGAACACUGCCAGCACUACUGCUGGUGCCAGCCUGGAGCGGGCCGACGGAGCGCCGAGGAGCACUGGGCUGGACGCGGUGAGAACGAAGCCCGUGGACUUGCUCGACGUCACGGAGGCUGCGUCUGAAGCUAUGCCGUCGGAACUGAGCAAGGCGUCGGAACGAAGCAAGGCGUUGGAGCCGAGCAGGACAUUGGAGCCAGGCAAGGGAACAAGCGAGGAGUUGCACACGGCUGAGUCGGGAAGUCUUGCUAACGAAAACUUCGAGGAAUGUGCCUCCGGUUCCGUAAUAGCCUCCACUCGAGUUGACCCGAAGGUGGGCGAUCGAGUGGACGCGACGGUGGGUGGUCUUCCUCGCCGGCUUCCUCCGAAUUCAGAUGACGACAUGCCCGAUAUAUCGGAGCAGACUGGUGCGUUGAUUAAGAGCCUUACCGCUAAUAGACUCCAUGAGGAAGAGUUGGUGUUGCCUACCAUCCAGGAACGGGAGAUCAUUGAGAGGCAGAUCCUUGCUAAGACACCACCGAAGCCCUAUCCAUUCGAAGGCCUCAUCAAAGGCAUCGAGCUCCUCGGCCAAGGGCCACAGAGACACCGCAGGGCCGCGGACGAAGUUGUGCUAGCCAUCAAGAACAAGUCGUGGGACAGCCUCAAAUACCAGCUUCAAGAAGGGCUCAAAGCACCGGUCCUGUCCUCGGCCUGCGACGAUGACAGAGAUAUCGAAUACCUUAAAGGCAAAUGCGUCAUCUCAGACUUUUACAGCGGUAUUGUUAAUGGCGCGAUCGUACCGGUUAAAGAGAACAUCGAGGCUGUCUCUCGUUACAUGGCUCAGGCUCGAUUCCGACGAUAUUUUUGUGACAUGGUCUGCAAAUCGAUGAAGACCAAGGAGGAUUUGAAACUGACAUCCAAGUAA